CAUUACCACCCUACUUGCCCUGUCCGCUCUCUUGGAUAGCGGAUCCGCUAUGCCAAUGCAUUUCUUGACGGAGCGUUCGACUUCCGGUUCUAAAAGGAUAAUAGCCGCGUUGUUCGAAUGGAGUUGGGUUUCAGUCCAAAAUGAGUGCCCGUUCCUUGCCAGUGCAGGAUAUGGAUUUGUCCAGGUUUCCCCCCCUCACGAGCAUAUUACUGGCGAUGCCUGGUGGACGAGUUAUCAAGUCGUCUCGUAUGAGCUCCAAUCCAAACGAGGCUCUCGGGAUCAGUUUGCGGCCAUGGUUGAAGCUUGCAAUGCUUAUGGUGUGCGAGUCAUUGUGGACGCUGUGUUAAAUCAUAUGACUGGCUUGGACUCGGGGAAAAGCGUUACUGGGCGUUCCUUUACCCAUUACAGUUAUCCCGGCACUUACUCGUCUAGUGACUUUCAUUAUUGUCCGACCCGGAAUCAUGCGAUUGAGGAUUAUAACGACGAGAAUCAGGUCGAAACUUGCGAGCUUCUGGGUCUUGCUGAUCUCAAUACGGAGUCCGAUUACGUGCGUGGGCGUCUUGCUCAGUACCUGAAUGAUUUGUUGGGCCUUGGGGUUGCCGGGUUCCGUGUCGAUGCCGCUAAACACAUUGCACCUGAUUCGUUGGCAAACAUCUUCAGUAGACUUUCGACGAACGCGUACAUUACGCAGGAGGUUACCGAUACAACUGGGUUGUUUGUGACCAAGCACCAAAAUGUUGGCGACGUUCAAGUGUUUAAUUAUCCUUACACGCUUAGGGGCGCCUUUUUGAACACUGGGAUAUUCAACCUAGGCAAUAUCAAUGACCGCGGCUGGUUGGCUAGCGGUUCGGCCAAUGUCUUUGUUACCAAUCACGAUACUGAGCGUGAUGGAUCGUCAUUAAGCUACAAAUCCGGGAAUAAUGUCUACGUGCUGGCAAAUGUGUUUAUGCUGUCAUAUCCAUAUGGAACCCCAACUGUUCAUUCUGGGUUCGCGUUCGACAACGACCAGCAGGGCGCACCAGACGGAAACUAUGGUACCUGCACCACCAAUGGCCCCACAAAUGGCUGGGAAUGCCAACAUCGUUGGACUCCAAUUGUAGGCAUGGUUGGGUUCUUUAACUAUGUCGGCAGCUCUCCUCUCACGAACGUUGUGACAACAAGCAACAACCAGCAACUCGCUUAUGGGCGUGGCUCCUCUGGUCAUGUCGUGAUCAAUAAUGCUGAUUCGGCCUGGCAAAUAACGCUUACGACCGGUUUGGCCGACUGCAGCUAUUGUGAUGUUGUCAGUGGACCCAAGAGCGCGACUGGAUGCUCGGGCGCGGUGAUCACCGUCAAGGGUGGGAGCUUCGAUGUGCUAGUCCCUCCCCGCCAGGCCAUUGCGAUCCAUGCGGGCGCAAGCGUUUGAGGCUUUUCUCGAGGAUCUUGGGCAAGGGGGUGGGAAUGACCAAAUGGCAUUCAACGUCCAGAUCACGCCAAUAAUUUAUCGCACAGUUACAUUUACAUUUCUUUUUCCCGUGUGGAUAGCUGUUGAUUUGUCUAAUAUGGGUGGCAAUAACUAUCUUAGUCUCGUACUCCAUCGAAGAUGCCGAUUAAUCCCCUCGCCCAAUUUCCUUUUCUGUGUCUUGAAUC